AACAAAAAUCAAAGUUCCCCUGAUUUGGUGGGUGGUGCGAAAUCGAACGCUUUCUCAUUCUUCUUCGCUUGCACAUCUUUCUCGAUAAUCUUUUUUUUUUUGUUUGGCCUUUACCAUUAAGAUCUGUAAGUUAAUUAAUUAUUAUUUUUUCUAUGUUUUUCUUUUAUUGUACUUAAGCUUAAUCCAUGUUUUGAUCCUCAAAAUCUCAUGCAUUGAACCCAAACCAACGUUCUGCUUUUAACGUUUUUAUAAUCUCACAAAUUCUGGAUCUUGCUUUGUUCGUGUUCUUAUGAUCUUUUAAGUUUUGGAUCUCGAGGGUUUGGUUAUUACAGCUCGAAUUUUGAGGAUUUGGCGGUGGGGAGCUGUAAAUUGAGGAUAAUUGGAGGCUAAAUCGGUGAUAUUCUCUUUAGAUCCUUAGGAUUUUAGGGUUAAAUUUAUUUUAGAUGGCUUCAAAUCCUCCAUUUCAUGUGAUGGAGGAUCAGACGGAUGAGGAUUUCUUCGAUAAAUUAGUUGAUGAUGAUUUUGGUCCAACUAAUAAUCCCGAUUCUGCCCCUAAGUUUACCGACGGUAGUGAUUCUGAUGAGGCGAAAGCGUUUGCUAAUCUGAGUAUCGAGGAUGCAAGUGGUGGUGGUGGUGGUGGUGGUGGUGGAGUUGAGGAUAAAGGUGGUGAGAAUGAUUUGGUUCAUGGUAGUCUAGGAUUAUCUGGUGGUCUACAUGUAGAAGAGAGUAAUAAUACAUUGGAUUCAUUGAACUCAUUGGGGUCUAAUACUGAGUUGAAUGAUGAUGGGAUCAAUUUUGGAUCCGAGGUUUUAUCUGAUCCAGUAGCAAGUAAAACUAUUGAAUCGACGAAAUCGGGGGUUAAAGAGGUUGGAUGGAGUUCAUUUUAUGCAGAUUCUUUACCGAAUGGGAAUCAUGGAUUUGGUUCGUAUUCAGAUUUUUUUAACGAAUUGGGUGGUAGUUCAGAAGAUUUUCCUGGAAAAGUUGCUGAAAGUGCUAAUUUAGAGAAUGAAGAUGGUGGCAGCAGGUUGCAUAAUUCAGAUAGUUAUCAGGGGUAUCAUGAAGACACACAAAGUUAUGGAGAAUCUAACAAAGAGAAUGUAAAUGGUCAGGAUUUGAAUAACAGUCAGUAUUGGGAGAGCAUGUAUCCUGGGUGGAAAUAUGAUGCUAACACUGGGCAGUGGUACCAAGUGGAUAGUUCUGAUACAACAACAGCAAGUGCGCAAGGGAGUUUAAUUGCUAAUACUGCAGGGAAUGAAUGGGUGGCAGUUUCUGAUGGGAAAACAGAGCUGAAUUAUUUGCAGCAGACUUCACAAUCUGUGGUGGCAACUGUUGCUGAGACUAGCACGUCCGAGAAUGUAUCUACUUGGAAUCAGGGCUCACAGUUGACUAAUAAUGGCUACCCAGAAAAUAUGGUUUUUGAUCCACAGUAUCCUGGUUGGUAUUUUGACACAAUUACACAAGAUUGGCACUCCCUGGAAAGCUACACAUCUUCUGUUCAAUCGACGACUGUCGAAAACCAUGAUCAGCAGAAUAGUGAUUCAUAUUUGCAAAACAAUAACAGUAGUUAUGGUGGAUAUGAGCAAGCUGAUAAGCAUGGGUCGCAAGGCUAUACUAUCCAAGGUCAGCAUGGCAACUGGAGCGAGUCUUAUGGUAAUUACAACCAGCGAGGUUUGAAUAUGUGGCAACCUAGCACUGAUGCUACGAUGGAUAAUGUUUCAAAUUUUGAUGGAAACCAACAGUUGCAGAAUGCAUAUGAGUCAAAUGUAUCCAUGAACAAUCUUCCAGAUCAGCAGAAAUCUUUUAACUCUUUAGGGAGAGUUCCAUCAUAUGAAAAUGUGAGGCAGGCUCAUGUGGAGGCUAAUGGGUUUGUUGGGUCACAAAGUUUUAUAUCUAGUGGGAACUUUGGUCAGCAGUAUAAUCAGGGACAUAUGAAGCAGAGUGAGCAAAUGAGCAUUCCAAAUGAUUACUAUGGUAGUCAGAAAUCAGUAAAUGUUGCCCAACAAUCAUUUCAAAGCAGCCAGCAGUUUUCUUAUGCUCCCAACACAGGGAGAUCAUCCGCUGGCCGUCCUCCGCAUGCUUUAGUUACAUUUGGAUUUGGUGGAAAGCUCAUUGUAAUGAAAGAUAAUAGUUCAAGCUCUCUUGUGAACUCAUCCUUUGGAAGUCAGGAAACCGUAGGGGGCUCAAUAUCUGUUAUGAAUUUGAUGGAGGUUGUCUCUGGCAACAAUACUCCAAGUGUUGGAGGGAGCUCUUGUAGUUAUUUUCGUGCUCUCAGCCAACAGUCCUUUCCAGGUCCCCUGGUGGGAGGGAAUGUUGGAAAUAAAGAGUUGAAUAAGUGGAUUGAUGAGAGAAUUGCUAGCUGUGAAUUAUCUGACAGGGACUUUAGAAAAGGUGAAAUGCUAAAGUUGCUGCUCUCUUUGCUCAAAAUAGCUUGCCAACAUUAUGGAAAACUUCGAUCUCCUUUCGGUACUGAUGCUUCUUUGAAGGAGAGUGAUUCUCCAGAAUCAGCAGUUGCAAAACUCUUUGCAUCAGUGAAGAGGAAUGGCACACAAUUCAGUGAUUAUGGUGCUUUAAGCCACUGCUUGCAGAGUUUGCCAUCUGAAGGACAAAUUCGGGCAACUGCUUCUGAGGUACAAAAUCUUCUGGUUUCUGGUAGAAAAAAAGAGGCUUUACAAUGUGCACAAGAAGGCCAGUUAUGGGGACCUGCACUUGUGCUUGCAUCACAACUUGGUGAUCAGUUCUAUGUUGAUACUGUCAAGCAAAUGGCACUUCGCCAGCUAGUAGCUGGAUCACCUUUGCGCACAUUGUGCCUACUAAUUGCAGGGCAACCAGCAGAUGUAUUUUCCGCUGACACCAGAGCUGAUAGUAGUAUUCCUGGUGCUGUGAUACAAAGACCUAACCAGUUUGGGGCAAAUGGCAUGCUUGAUGAUUGGGAAGAGAAUUUGGCUGUGAUAACUGCAAAUAGAACAAAAGACGAUGAGCUUGUGAUUAUACAUCUUGGCGAUUGCCUAUGGAAGGAUAGAAGUGAGAUCACUGCUGCACACAUAUGCUAUUUAGUGGCCGAAGCAAACUUCGAAUCAUAUUCGGACAGUGCAAGACUCUGUCUUAUUGGAGCAGAUCACUGGAAGCAGCCUCGAACUUAUGCUAGUCCAGAAGCUAUUCAGAGAACUGAGCUGUAUGAAUACUCGAAGGUGCUUGGCAACUCCCAGUUUAUGCUGCUACCGUUUCAGCCAUACAAGCUGAUAUAUGCAUACAUGCUGGCUGAAGUCGGUAAAGUUUCUGAUUCAUUAAAGUAUUGUCAGGCUAUAUUAAAAUCUCUAAAAACUGGGCGAGCUCCCGAAGUAGAAACUUGGAAGCAAUUAGUAUUAUCUCUUGAGGAGAGGAUCAGAACCCAUCAACAGGGUGGAUACACAACAAAUUUGGCUCCAGCAAAGUUGGUAGGUAAAUUGCUCAAUUUUUUUGAUAGUACUGCACAUCGUGUUGUGGGUCUACCACCACCUGCACCAUCAACGUCACCAGGAGGCAUACAAGGUAAUGAGCAUCAUCACCAGCUAAUGGGGCAUAGGGUGUCAGCUAGUCAAUCAACAAUGGCAAUGUCAUCAUUAAUGCCUUCUGCUUCAAUGGAGCCAAUAAGUGAAUGGGCAGCCGAUGGCAAUAGAAUGACAAUGCAUAACAGAAGUGUUUCUGAGCCAGAUUUUGGUAGAACUCCAAGACAGGUGGAGUCACCGAAGGAAGGAACCUCGUCUAGUGCACAAGGCAAAACAGCGGGUGCAGGUGCAGCAUCUCGUUUUGGCCGUUUUGGUUUUGGUUCGCAGCUUUUGCAAAAGACAAUGGGUUUAGUCUUAAGGCCCCGCUCCGAUAAACAGGCUAAAUUGGGCGAAAAGAACAAAUUCUAUUAUGAUGAAAAGCUUAAGAGAUGGGUAGAGGAAGGUGCUGAACCCCCAGCUGAAGAAGCAGCCCUGCCCCCUCCUCCAACAACUUCAUCCCUUCAGAAUGGUAUGUCCGACUACAAUUUGAAAUCCGCGCUGAAGAGUGAUGGAUCUCUCCCUAAUGGGAGCCCAACAUUCCGAACUCCUACUUCCAUGGAGCAUUCUUCAGGGAUUCCACCUAUUCCAACAACUUCAAAUCAGUUCUCAGCUCGUGGACGGAUGGGUGUACGAGCAAGGUACGUUGAUACCUUCAACCAGGGGGGUGGAAGCUCAGCAAAUUUGUUCCAUUCACCUUCUGUUCCAUCUAUCAAACCUGCUGUUUCUGCAAAUGCAAAAUUUUUUGUUCCCGCGCCACCACCGAGUGAAAAUUUGACUGAAACGGUGCAAGAAAGCACAGGGCAUGCUGAAAAUAGUUCAACGCCUGCUGAUAACUCUUUCCAAUCUCCCCCAUCCUUUUCGAAAAUGAACAUGCAGAGGUUCCCAAGCAUGGAUAAUAUUACUAGAAAGGAGAGGAUGAUAAAUGGCAAUGCCCCUGCACCAUCUCACUCUCGACGAACAGCCUCAUGGAGUGGGAGCUUCAAUGAUUCAUUUAGCCCUCCUCCUAUGAUGGAAACCAAAACUCUAGGAGAGGCACUGGGCAGGCCUCCAUCAUCUUUCAUGCCUGUUGAUCCUUCUAUGACGCAUAUGCCGAUUAACGGUGGGGGUAUUGGAGAUGACCUACAUGAAGUGGAACUUUAGGAGUAAUGAAGAUGUAUAUACCAAGUUUUGUUCCUUGUGAUUAGUACAAUACUUGGGGUGGGCGUCAUCAUGCACAUCUCAAAAGAGGCAAAAUAUUUGCACCAGCAUCGGGGAUUCAGAAAAGCAAGCAAAUAUGUUUUUCACAAAGAUUUCCUGAGUCAAGGUCCCUCUCCUCUUAAAUGAAGAAGUUGAUGUGGUUGGCACGUAUAUUUUACUUUAAUUUCAAGCCUACUAGGCUUUUAUUUGAAUGUCACAGGAGUUGCCGCCAUAUGAUGCUUGAGGAGCUGGUUUUCGUUUCUGCUUUUUGUUUUUUUUUUUGUUUUUUGUUUUUCUUUUUUAACUACAAAAAGAAAAAGAAAAAGAAAAGAAAGAGAAAGCCUGAAUGGGCACACUUUUGUACAGUUAGUUAAUUUGUUCAUUUGUUGAAAGCAGGAGAUGUCUCCUGAGCAGGAUAUGAAGCAAGCCCCUCAAAGACCUUCUCGAGAGACAAAGAUACUGUACCCAUUUGAUAAAAAUAAAACGUUCUUGUUUGCACAAUUGUAUUCUUAUUAAACGAAGUUUAAUUAUUACGCAGAAAGGUAGAAACUGGAUUUAUUUUUAA